AUGAAUGAGUACACCGGCCCGCCAUCAGCAGGAGACUGGUACACACUGGAAAACCACAUCAAUGACAGAGAAGCCUUCAUUGGCGAAUUUCACAACAUUCAAAAAAGGUUGAGAGAGAAUGAGGAAUCUUCAGACGAAGAGGAUGAUGUGUACAUAAAAGGAAAGGAAGGAAAUGAGUCAGUUGAGGAUGUGUACAGCUUCAGUUCAUCAGAGGGAGAAAAGGAGGAUGGCAGAGAUGAUGAUGAAGAUAGUAUGGAAGGGCAAGGAGACCUCAAAGUUCGAGGUGGAAUUGGUGGGCCCAGAGGCAAAAGGUACAAAAUAGAACAGCAGCGCGAAAAUGUGGAGUCUGACAGCAGUAUUGAAGAGGAUCCUGUGCCAAAGAAAAAGAGAAGAGGAAAGAAGUCAGACAGCAGCAGUGAAGAGGAUCCUGUGCCAAAGAAAAAGAGAAGAGGAAAGAAGUCAGACAGCAGCAGUGAAGAGGAUCCUGUACCAAAGAAAAAGAGAAAACAGAAAAAGUACGACAGCAGUAUUGAAGAGGAUCCUGUGCCAAAGAAAAAGAGAAGAGGAAAGAAGUCUGACAGCAGCAGUGAAGAGGAUCCUGUGCCAAAGAAAAAGAGAAGAGGGAAGAAGUCAGACAGCAGCAGUGAAGAGGAUCCUGUGCCCAAGAAAAAGAGAAGAGGGAAGAAGUCAGACAGCAGCAGUGAAGAGGAUCCUGUGCCAAAGAAAAAGAGAAAAGGGAAGAAGUCAGACAGCAGCAGUGAAGAGGAUCCUGUGCCAAAGAAAAAGAGAAGAGGGAAGAAGUCAGACAGCAGCAGUGAAGAGGAUCCUGUGCCAAAGAAAAAGAGAAAACGGAAGAAGUACGACAGCAGCAGUGAAGAGGAUCCUGUGCGAAAGAAAAAGAGAAGAGGGAAGAAGUCAGACAGCAGCAGUGAAGAGGAUCCUGUGCCAAAGAAAAAGAGAAGAGGGAAGAAGUCAGACAGCAGCAGUGAAGAGGAUCCUGUGCCAAAGAAAAAGAGAAGAGGGAAGAAGUCAGACAGCAGCAGUGAAGAGGAUCCUGUGCCAAAGAAAAAGAGAAAACAGAAAAAGUACGACAGCAGCAGUGAAGAGGAUCCUGUGCGAAAGAAAAAGAGAAGAGGGAAGAAGUCCAACAGCAGUAGUAAAGAGGAUCCUGUGCCAAAGAAAAAGAGAAGACAGAAGAAGAUUGAGCUUAAAGACAAUUUUGAGGAUGCUGUUCACCAGAUCAGAGCGCUCCACCCUGACAUAGACACUGUGGAUGAAGCAACACUGCUGCACAAAAACCGGCAUGGGUGGAGAAAGGUCAUUGCCCGACUAAAAGGAGAUCCUGAAGACUUACGAGACGUCUCUAGCACCAUGCCCACCCACAUCACCGUGGCAACUCUCAGCCCAAGGUGCUACCGGGAGGCCAAAGCCAUCAUGCGCAAAUGGUCUUCCGGUAGGUGCCUUGGGCAGGGAAAGAGUGUCGAUGUGACACAGUCCAUAUUCCAGCCCCUCAAUGGUGUGAACAAUGAGGAGCAAUUGUUUGUAUUGUUAAAAGACUUCAGCACUGGUAAAACCAGCAGACAACAGUUUCAUCAUCAGGCGAAAGCAAACAAGAAAAACAACUCAACAGUACGCAAUUCACAGGAGAAGAGCAAUCCCCAAACUGGCCAAAGUGAGAUACAGAAAAUGGAAAGCAAGAAAAAACAACUCACAGAGGAAAUUGCAAUGUUGGAAGAGGCGAGGGCACACCUCAAGAGAGAGAUAGCCAUGUUAGAAGAAAAGAAGAAUUGUUUCUCAGUCAAUGACCUGGAAGUACACAAUGAGACAGUAGCAUGGGGGGUUCAAGAUGGCACAGAUCAUGAUCAGAACGAAGAUGAACAGGUGUGUUCUGCUGAAGAUGGAAAGGAUAAGGAGACAGGAAGUCAAGAGGGAAACCAGAAGGAAAGAGAGAAGAGGAAAACGUUUCAGUCAGGGGAAGAGGAAACUGAACAGGUGUGUUCUGCUGAAGAUGGAAAGGAUAAGGAGACAGGAAGUCAAGAGGGAAACCAGAAGGAAAGAGAGAAGAGGAAAACGUUUCAGCAAAGGGAAGGGGAAGCUGAACAGGUGUGUUCUGCUGAAGAUGGAAAGGAUAAGGAGACUGGAAGUCAAGAGGGAAACCAGAAGGAAAGAGAGAAGAGGAAAACGUUUCAGCAAAGGGAAGGGGAAGCUGAACAGGUGUGUUCUGCUGAAGAUGGAAAGGAUAAGGAGACAGGAAGUCAAGAGGGAAACCAGAAGGAAAGAGAGAAGAGGAAAACGUUUCAGCAAAGGGAAGAGGAAGCUGAACAGAGAAAGAGGAUGGAGCAAACCAACGAAAGGGAUACGCCCAUACAGGAAGGCUCAUGGGUCGGUGUUUGCAAAGGGAAGGGGAAGCUGAACAGGUGUGUUCUGCUGAAGAUGGAAAGGAUAAGGAGACAGGAGGUCAAGAGGGAACCAGAGGAAAGAGAGAAGAGGAAAACGUUUCAGCAAAGGGAAGAGGAAGCUGAACAGAGAAAGAGGAUGGAGCAAACCAAGGAAAGGGAUAGGCCCAUACAGGAAGGCUCAUGGGUCGGUGUUUGGUACGAGGGGGACAGGAAGCGUGAUCCAGGAAAGUGGUACCCCGGGGAAGUUUUAGAAGUCCACAAAGACGAGCUGAGUGUUGACUUUUUACAUCCAGACCCAUCAGGCGGCUAUACAAAACCAAAAUCAAAGGAUGAAGCACUGGUUAAGAUGGUCUUCGUUCUCCACACUGACCUGCAUGUUAAGCAGGCCUCUUGA